GAAAAUCUUAAUUACCAUAUUUAAUCACCCCUUUUAAACUCCAUAUUGAAAUUUCUUGGUUUUAAGUUUUAACCGCUUGAAACGAAUAUGUGAAGGCCUUGAAAUGCUACCGCUGAUACUUUUGACUAGUCACUAAAAAAUAAGCGAGCCAGAGAGACGCCACUAUUCUAUUCUUUGCUGUGUGUGUGUGAGAGAGAAAGAAAAGUGAAGAGGCUACAGUCGUGGUUCUGAUCUCUAAUAUCGGAGACAUUUGGGGGUCAAUUGUUAACGGCUAUGGCGACUUGUUACGUUUUUAUUGUGCUUAACGCGUUGGCCAAAAAACUUAUAUGAGGUAUGUGUUAUUUUCAGGCUGUCUUUGAAAGGGAAUCUUCACUACUUGAGAAAGAGCAAGAGCUGCUUGUUGUUGAAGAAAAAAUAGCCAGCAAGGAAUCUAAGGUCUUAGCCAAUCGAGAAGUUAUCCUGAGGAAAAGAAAAUCUGAUGUGGAAGGUGAGUUGGAAAGUAAGUGCAAAUUGGCGGAAAAUGAAAUCGAAAGCAAGAGACGGGUUUGGGAGCUAAGAGAGGUUGAUAUCAAGCAGAGGGAGGAUCUAGUUGGUGAAAAAGAACAUGACUUGGAAGUUCAAUCAAGGAAAUUGGCAGAGAAAGAAAAGAAUUUAACAGAGAGGUCUUAUAGGCUUGACGAGAAAGAGAAGCAUUUGAAUGCUACAGAGGAAGAUAUCAACCGUAAGACAAAUCUGCUGGAGAAUGAGAAGGAACGAUUAAGAAAGUUAGACUUAGAUCUGCAGCAGACUUUGGUUUCAUUAGAAGACAAGAGAAAACGUGUUGACUCUGCAACGGAAAAACUUGAAGCCCUGAAGAAUGAGACAAGCGAAUUAUUCAUUCUGGAGAUGAAACUCAAGGAGGAGCUAGAUGAUAUGAGGGGUCAAAAGCUUGAACUCCUGGCUGAAGCAGAUAGAAUAAAGGUGGAGAAAGCUAAAUUUGAAGCCGAGUGGAAACACAUUGACGUGAAAAGGGAAGAGUUAAGAAAAGAAGUGGAGUAUAUUACUCGUCAAAGAGAGGCUUUCUCGACGUAUCUCAAGGAGGAGCAAGACUGAUAUCUUGCAUAUUUACAUUGUUUUAUCCAUUCAUCCAUGAGCAUUUUCAUCAUAUAGAUUAGGAUUUAGACAUGUUUAGGUUGCAUUUUGCAUACAUGAGUCUCUAUUAGGUACUGGAGUACCACAUAAGGUUAUUUGGAGCUCAAAAGAGGUGAAAAGGUGACCAUUGGACGAACCGAGCAUGGGAGCGACCUCCCGGAGCGACAUCACGAAGUCGCUGU